CUUGACGACGCUGAGCAACGGAAGAGCGGGCAGGAUUUGCUCUGAACGCUCGUGCGCGCUACCGCCCAGGCGGAAGCGGAAGUGUCGGUGGCGCGCGAGUAGGAAGUGGUGAGUUCUGAGUAGAGAUGGCUGCGCUUGCAUCGCUGCCCCCGCUGCCCGCACAGUUUAAGAGCAUACAGCAUCAUCUGAGGACGGCUCAGGAGCAUGACAAGCGGGACCCUGUGGUGGCUUAUUACUGUCGUUUAUACGCAAUGCAGACUGGAAUGAAGAUCGAUAGUAAAACUCCUGAAUGUCGCAAAUUUUUAUCAAAGUUAAUGGAUCAGUUAGAAGCUCUAAAGAAGCAGUUGGGUGAUAAUGAAGCUAUUACUCAAGAAAUAGUGGGUUGUGCCCAUUUGGAGAAUUAUGCUUUGAAAAUGUUUUUGUAUGCAGACAAUGAAGAUCGUGCUGGGCGAUUUCACAAAAACAUGAUCAAGUCCUUCUAUACUGCAAGUCUUUUGAUAGAUGUCAUAACAGUAUUUGGAGAACUCACUGAUGAAAAUGUGAAACACAGGAAGUAUGCCAGAUGGAAGGCAACAUACAUCCAUAAUUGUUUAAAGAAUGGGGAGACUCCUCAAGCAGGCCCUGUUGGAAUUGAAGAAGAUAAUGAUGUUGAAGAAAAUGAAGAUGCUGGAGCAGCCUCUCUGCCCACUCAGCCAACUCAGCCAUCAUCAUCUUCAACUUAUGACCCAAGCAACAUGCCAUCAGGCAACUAUACUGGAAUACAGAUUCCUCCGGGUGCACACGCUCCAGCUAAUACACCAGCAGAAGUGCCUCACAGCACAGGUGUAGCAAGUAAUACUAUCCAACCUACUCCACAGACUAUACCUGCCAUUGAUCCCGCACUUUUCAAUACAAUUUCCCAGGGGGAUAUUCGUCUAACCCCAGAGGACUUUGCUAGAGCUCAGAAGUACUGCAAAUAUGCUGGCAGUGCUCUGCAGUAUGAAGAUGUAAGCACUGCUGUACAGAAUCUACAAAAGGCGCUCAAGUUACUGACGACAGGCAGAGAAUGAAGCCUUUGUAUAACAGACCCAUGUAUUUUUGGCAUGAGGAACUAACAGUCCAUUACUCUAUCUUCAGCCUAUCAGGAUCACAGUUUUAAGGAAGACUUGGUUUCAUUUAAUAUGACAAUGAAAUCUGUGUGUAUCAGAUUUUUAUUGAAGCAUUCAUCAGCAGCCUCAACCAGUUUUCGUUGUCCAUUUAGUAGAUUCAGUCAUCUCUGAGUAUAUAGGGCUGAUCUCAGCAAGACCCUAAAAAUUCUCAUUGAACCCCGCUUCAACAAAUGAAAACACAUCUAUAAAAUAUAUACUGGGAAUAACCUUUGUAUUUACAUACAUUAGGGGAAUUUUUUAAAAUCUGUAAUGUUUGGACAAACAUGAUAUUACUUUGCUAUAAAAUUAUAAAUGUAACUUUUAAUAAAGAUUGCCAGAAUAUUCUAAAUUAGAAAUUAUGUUUUUGUUUCCCUCAAGACAUAAAACAAAUAUGAACAUUCUAAACUGGUGGAUUAAUCUGAAAAGACAUUCAGUUCAAAUUUUAAUUUAUUCUCAUGUUAAAUAUAACUCCAUUAAAAGUUUAAUAUUUCAUGGGAGAAAAUACGAUAAGGUAAAGAGGUAGAAACACUUUCAGACUUAAGAAUAAUGUUGAUUCCCCAACUGCUUUACCUUAUUUAUUAAAGCAUAAGAUGAAUUGGUAUUUGCUUCAUAGGCAGUUUGACUGCAUGUAUUAGAGAAUGAAAAGAAGGUAUUUGCCUGGAAACUUGGUGCUCUAAAUUAAGGUACUCCUCUGCUGCUGUAGAAUGGAUUCCACACAGUGGAUAGCUAUGGAUGAUUCAGAAUAUUAUGUUUAGAUUCCCAUUUGUUAAGUUUGUAAGUUUUGUGGGGAAUUAUGAACUUGCUGUGUACCACCUGCAUUUGUACUGUGUGAAAAAUAAAUACAAGGAUUCGUUUAGCUAAUUCAACUUACUACAAAGACAAAUGUCUGUUUUUAUUUGCCUGCUAGAAUUGUCUUUUUUUAAAGUCAUUUUUAUUUAUAGGAAUAUGGGUGUUUCUAUAGGAAGAAACAGGUUUUUUUUUUUUGUUGCUGUUUUUAAAGAUAAAUUUGACAAAGUUACCUGAAAUUUAUCUGGUCCAUUUUAUUCAUGCUACUAAGAUGGAAAUCUUUAAACACAAGGGUGAGCAAGCUUUGGCUCGUGGAUUGGCCACCUGUUAAUGUAAAUAAAGUUUCUUUGAAACAAGCCUAUACUCGUUCAUUUAUGUUUUGUCUGUGGUUGCUUCACAACUGCAGAGUUGUAUGGCUUGCAAAUCUGAAAACAUUUACUGUUUGGCCCUCUAAGAAAAAGUUAGACACCUAGUCUAAUGGCCUGUUUGGGAAAAAAACGCAUCACUAACUCAUAAUCAUUUAUAUCCAUUAUUUUCUGCAUAAAUGUAAUGCUAUUGUACAAGGUUUGGUAGAAUAAAUAUUCAGACUGACUAUUCUAAAUUAUCGCAAAAAUAUCCCCAAAAAACAUGCCUCCUAAAAAACAUUUUCCUAUCUUUUACAAGAUGUAUGAACAUUUGUAGGGUUCCACAUUUGCAUCUAGAAAUCCAGUGCUCUUCAGAAUGUUACUAGAUCGCCAGGAUGACCUUUAGUGUUAUAUGAUGUUCAGCAAAUUUUAAUUUAAACCUUGGUAUGUCUGUACACUAAAAAGUAAACCCAUCACCUCCCAUUUCAUACCAUACCUUUUGGUUCCCAGUUGGGAGAGCACGUGGAGGGAAGGAGAUGAUAUAGAAACUAUGGAGUCCGCUGAUAGUGGGCUGCAUGGUGUGACAGAGCCCUUCUCUGUGAAAUAGAAAUGACACCACUAGCCAUCUCAAUAGUCAUGAGAAUUAAAAGAAAUACAGUACCCGAAGUGCUUAGCACCUUGGUAGCAUUUCAUAAAUGUUUAGUGUCAAUACUAAUGCUCUAGUAAUGUAAAUUGUUAAUUUAUUUCCCAAGUAUCAGGAAAUCCCAGUUGUCUAUGUGGCCCAGUGCUUAAAAAUGCCUUCUUGCAUGAGGGGAUUGAACUAUACAAUGUUUGUUAACUUUGUAUUUGUAUUUUUUCCUAUAAAAUGUUACAGUAAAAUUAGGAGAUGUGUUCUGAUGUAACAAUAGGAUGAGCAAUUUUCAUUUAUUCCUUCAAUAUAUAUUUACUGAAUAGCUA